AUGAAGCAAGUUUGUUUCUCUUCGUCUUUGGUGUUCAUUCUUCUUGUUAUUCUCGUGAACUUUCAUGGAGGUCAUGUUCAUGGUGCUGGUCUAAUAAAUACUGCAUGUAAGAAUGCGGUAGAAAGGUUUCAGGAAAGGGUAACAUAUAGUUUUUGUGUAGCAUCUCUGGAAGCCAACCCUAAAAGUAAAAAUUAUGGUAUUGAAGACCUUGCUGUAGUAGCAUAUGAACAUGCUACGAAGAAAGGAAUUUCGGUUAAUUCAUACAUCCAUCAGCUUUUGAAAGAUGGAAAACAAAGUUCAGAUGUAAUGGUCCGUUUGAAAGGUUGCCGGCGGGAUUAUAAGGAUAUUGGCAGUGUUAUGAAAGAUGCAACUGGAUCCUUCCGUCGUGGAGAUCCGGAAGGUGGCGCGAAUGGACUGGAUACUGCCGAGAAUAUUGUGCUUUCAUGUCAAGGACGUUUUGAUGGUGGAUUCACUUCUCCAUUGGCAAAAGAAGAUAGUGAAUUCCUUCAACAUAUUUAUAUUUCAUUAACGAUUACUGAGAUGAUUCAGGCCCUUUGGCCUCCUGCUUAA